AUGGAUCGGGGGUUUAGAUUUCUGAGUAAGGCUGAAACUACGAGAUUAGUUUCAUUUGUGGGAAUAACAGUGGCCAUAGUUUUGAUGGUUCAGUAUUCUGAACUUCCUACUAGCAAAUUAUUAUCUUCUGUUACCACCAAGAUUACUAGUUUCAGAAUGGAGACAUCUUCGGUUAAUUAUAAAGUUGACGGUAACAAUAUGCACCUAAAUGGUUCAAAUUCAAACUCUAAAGAUGCACUGGAAGAGGAAGCAAUUGGUCCUCAGGCCUCCCUCUUUCACAAUGGCAGAGAUUCAACUACUGCCCCUGCACCAGAGAAAGCUAAAGGACUUGUGGACAGUGUUGUUAAUUUCACAACCAGAAAUGAUGGUUCCCCAUUGGGUAGUGCUCAGCAAAAACAAAUUAAUUUGACAUCACAAGGGGCUGCAUCACCACAACCUGUGGUGUCAUUUCCCAACAGAACAUCGUUAGAUUCAGAAACGGCUUCAAGAAGUCCUGUGGUAUCUGUCACUUCACCUACUACUUCAGUGGAAUCAGAUACAAAUGGUUUAGUUUCCAAGGAUGGAAACUCAGGUUCUGUGCAAGGUAGUAGCAAUAUGAAAGUGAAUAAUGGUAAGCCUCUGAGUGCAAAGAAUUCCAAAAAGAGACCAUCUAAAGUUGUUUCAAUAUCUGAGAUGAACUUGAUGUUGCAAAAUAAUCAUGCGUAUUCUCAGCUAGAGAAAUCAGCAACAUUUUCAGCUGUUGAUACGGAAAUAUCGCAUGCAAAAUUAGAGAUUUUAAAUGCACCCAUCAUCGUGAAUGAUUCAAGACUUUAUCCACCAUUAUACAGGAAUGUCUCCAUGUUCAAAAGGAGUUAUGAACUAAUGGAAAUGAUGCUCAAAGUUUACAUCUACCCUGAUGGAGACAGACCAAUCUUUCACGAGCCCUUACUGGAUGGAAUAUAUGCAUCUGAAGGAUGGUUCAUGAAAUUAAUGGAAGCAAACAAACAGUUUGUCACUGGGGACCCUGAGAAAGCUCACUUGUUUUACAUACCUUUCAGUUCAAGAUUGUUGCAGCAAACUCUCUAUGUACGUAACUCACACAGACGUUCAAACUUAAUUGAGUACAUGAAAAAUUUUGUGGACAUGAUUGCUGGAAAGUAUCCUUUCUGGAAUAGAACUUCUGGAGCAGAUCACUUCGUUGUUGCUUGCCAUGAUUGGGCUCCUGCAGAAACAAGAGGGCGCAUGCUCAGUUGCAUAAGAGCCCUCUGCAAUGCUGACAUUGAAGUAGGAUUCAAGAUAGGGAAGGAUGUUUCUCUUCCAGAAACAUACAUAAGGUCAAGUGAGAAUCCUGUCAAAAAUAUUGGGGGCAACCCUCCUUCUCAAAAGCCUAUCCUGGCAUUUUUUGCAGGAGGUUUGCACGGUUAUGUUCGGCCUAUUCUGUUGGAGCACUGGGAGAACAAAGAGUCUGACAUGAUAAUUUCUGGGACCUUGCCACAUGUCAGGGGCAAUGCAAACUACAUCCAGUUCAUGAAGAGCAGCAAAUUUUGCAUUUGUGCAAGAGGUCACGAGGUUAAUAGUCCACGUGUGGUAGAGGCUAUAUUCCACGAGUGCAUUCCAGUUAUCAUAUCUGACAAUUUUAUUCCUCCUUUGUUUGAGAUUUUGAACUGGGAAUCUUUUGCUGUGUUUGUCACGGAGGAAGAAAUCCCGAAUUUGAGGAACAUACUACUAUCCAUUUCUGAAGACAGAUACUUAGAGAUGCAUAAGAGGGUGAAGAAGGUGCAAGAGCAUUUUAUCUGGCAUGCUGAACCUGUAAAGUAUGAUUUAUUUCAUAUGCUUCUUCAUUCAAUUUGGUACAAUAGACUUUUCAAAUAA